AUGAACGGAGGGCGGCCUGGGAAUAGCAAUGCGGAUUUCAUCGUUUAUUGGAUCGGAACGAACAGUCGAGCGGCUACUGUGUAUCAAUGGGCUGUUUAUGAACACUGGCGUAUGUGUGAGACACUGGAUAAUGUUCCGGGGGGGAGGGAAGGAAGAAACCUUGAAAGGCUGGUAGAAGAGAAGGGAAAAUGUGGGAAAGAAAGGAACACCGAAGGGGAAGAGGAGAACAGUGAGAUAGAGAUAGGAACAAAAAGGGAGAGCAAAAGAGGGAGGGACAAAGAGAGAGAAAGAGAAUUAUUAACUCACAUAGACCAGAAGGAAAAAGAACGAAAAAAGGGGAAAAACGUGGUAGGUGAAAAAGAGAACGAAAAACUAGGAAACAGAAGCAGCGAAAGAACGAAAAAAGAAAGAGAGAUGAAGGGUAGAGAGAAUGGAGCAGAAAGAGAAAAUAAGAAGGAGGAAAAACAGGAAGUGGGAGAAGUGAAAGACAAGCGUGAAAAAGAGAGAAAAAAGGACUUUGAGAGAAAUUAG